AUGGCACCAUCACUGGAGGUUCCUAUCCCUCCAUCCUCGGAUACCUUCACGGUUCCCAGGAAGGAGAUCGCGGGUGACAAUAAGUUUCGGUACGAGCCGGGACGCACGACGGUUGAACGUCACGACAACUACGCCCAUGAAGAUCUUCUGCCCUCAUUUCCAGGCAUCCGCUGGGGGCCCAUUGAGGAUCUCCCUUACGAGGACAGAGGCAUUCAUGGAGACCCUAAGUUCCGCAACUUGCUCCGUGACGCAACCGACGUCUUCGACUACAACCCCAAGAUUGGAACAGAGCUCCAUGGUAUCAACCUGGGCAAGCUCAGCGAUGCACAGAAGGAUGAAUUGGCUCGCUUGAUUGCUGUUCGUGGAGUGGUCUUCGUCCGUGGACAGGAUGAUUUUGACAUUGAAGCUCAACGAGACUUGGGUAAAUACUUUGGUACAUUGCACAAGCAUGCUACCACCUCUGUUCCCAAAAAGGGCGGCUUGGAAGAUGUUCAUGUGGUGUAUACUGGUGACAACGGUACUGACCAGCGUGCUAUGUUCACACCCAGCUUCUUGUGGCACUCAGAUGUGACAUACGAAGUGCAACCACCAUCCUACACAUCUCUGAAGCUUCUGACAGGUCCACCCCGUGGCGGCGGUGGUGAUACACUGUGGUCGUCUCAAUACGCUGCUUAUGACGCUCUUUCUCCUCACAUGCAAUCCUACCUCAAGGGUUUGACAGCUAUUCAUUCCGCAGAAAUGCAAGCCUCAGACUCGCGGGCCCUCGGUCGAACAGUCCGUCGUGAGCCGGUCGUUACGGAGCACCCUCUUAUUCGUACCAACCCCGUGACUGGCUGGAACAGUCUUUUCUUCAACCCGGGAUUCGUUACAAAGAUCAAAGGCAUUCCAAAGACCGAGAGUGAUGCCAUUCUCAGCUACCUUACCGAGGUGAUUGCAACUACACAAGAGAUCCAUGCUCGCUUCCAAUGGAACAAGAACGACGUCGCUUUGUGGGAUAACCGCACAACCACUCACUCAGCCUCUUACGGAUUCGCUCCACACCGUCGCCAUGCGGUUCGUGUUGCGUGCCAGGCAGAGAAGCCUGUCUUGAAGCCAACAGGCAAAUCCCAAGAAGAGGAGUUUGCUGCUCUUUACGGCUUGCCACCAGUCAAUAAGGAUGGUUCUCGACAGUCCAACUACAACGAUUGA